UCUGCCAAGUCUGGAGAGAAGUCCGUGCCUGCUCCCGCGUGGAUCUGGCUCUCUUGACAGGCAAUGGGAAUUCCCUCCUUUCUACCCCUUUUUGCCACUGAGAGCGACUGGGCUGUUGACAAGCCCUCACAGAUUUUGAGUCACAUGCUACUGUGGACAGCUGUGCUUGCCUUGGAUCUUGUUGCUGGUGCACAUGCAGACCUCCCAAAGGCUGUCCUAAGACUUGAGCCCCCGUGGAUCCAAGUGUUCCCGGAUGACACUGUAACACUGGCGUGCCGGGGGCCCCACAACUCUGAGAACCAUUCCACUCAGUGGUUCCACGAUGGGACCCCCAUCCUGACCCAGCUCCAGCCCAGCUACACGUUUAAGGCCAAGAACAAUGACAGCGGGGCGUACCAGUGCCUGAUGGACCAGACCAGCCUAAGUGACCCUGUACAACUGAGCGUGAUUGCUGACUGGCUGCUGCUCCAGACCCCUCAACUGGUGUUCCAGGAAGGGGACACCAUCAUGUUGAGAUGCCACGGCUGGAGGAACACCCCUCUGAACAGGGUCACAUUCUACCAGAAUGGAAUAUCCAAGCGUUUUUCCCAUUUCCAAAGCAACUUCUCCAUCCCACAAGCCAACCAAAGUCACAGUGGUGAUUACUACUGCAAGGGAUAUUUGGGAAGGACGCUCCAUUCAUCAAAGACUGUGACCAUCAUUGUCCAAGCACCCAAGCCCAGCAGCUCAUCCUUUUCACCAGUGUUGACAGCUGUGAUUGCUGCCACUGGGAUUAUUGUAGCAGUCAUUGUCAUUAUCCUAGCAGCCUUGAUGUGUCUCAAGAAAAAGCGAUCUCCAGCCUCAUCAGGGCGCUGUAGGCCCUUGUCCAUCAGCUCCCCAGCUGACCCCUUCCUUUUGCCUACAGCCAAUUGCACUGAACCAGAGGAAGCUGCCAAAUCUGAGGAUAAGAAUUCAAUCACCUAUUCUCUUCUGAAGCACCCAGAGAAUCCAGAGGAAGAAACAGAGCCCAAUUACCAGAACCCAAACCACAUUUAGUCUCUCUUGUUUUGCCCUGAGAAUGGGAGAAGAGAAUCAGAGAGCAGAGAAUCUAGUGUCUCCUAGGCAAAUUACCCUUGGAGUGGUUGAGGGGACACUGUAGUCCCCAAGAAGGAGAACUCCAGAGGUACCUAUGUCAGUCCUGAAACCAACAGACAAUAUGGUCCCAGUCCCCAGUGGUUGACUGUACUGAUUGCUUCUGAAAUUCACUAUUUUCCAAUAUCAAAACUCUUGUUAUGCAUCCACACAACUGAUAAAAUUACUGUCAUUAAGAGAUUGCAACAACAGGGGAAAUGCUUAUGUGACAGGUUGUAGCAGAAUAAUUUUGUAAUUGUACACGAUUUAUAAAAUGAUAAAAUAGAAUUGUGCCAAUAUAUUAUAAGUGAUUGUUUCAGGGCAAUAGAAUUAUCAGGGACUUUUAUUUUUCUUGUUUUCU